AUGACGAACUACAUUAUGAUGGCGCAGCCCAUCUUGGCCCUCCUCCCGGAGGUGGCCCGCCCCCGUCGCAUCCCCCCUAUCAAGGAGCGCAUCAUGUGGACAGCGGCGGCCCUUUUCAUAUUUCUGAUUUGCUGCCAGGUCCCUGUCUUUGGCGCCCGGCCCGGCCAAACGAGCGAUCCAUUCUACUGGAUGCGCGUGGUGCUGGCUAGCAACAAGGGAACACUCAUGGAACUUGGCAUUUCACCUAUUGUCACCGCCUCACUCAUUCUAGAGUUACUCUCUGGAGUGAAGAUCAUCAACUAUGACGUGAACAAUAAACAGGAGCGGGCAGUGUUUGAAGGAAUUCAGAAGAUUGCCGCCCUCCUCAUCACCGCCGUGGAGGCUAUAGCUUAUGUGUCCUCUGGCAUGUACGGUGAUGUACGGGAAAUUGGACCGUUUAUGUGCACCCUCAUCGUUAUACAGCUGAUGAUGGCCACACUCAUCUGCAUUCUUCUUGACGAACUGUUGCAGAAGGGCUGGGGCCUCGGUGCCGGUACAUCGCUUUUCAUAGCCACGAACAUUUGUGACACGAUCAUCUGGAAGAGUUUCUCUCCCUCGACGAUCAACACUGGCCGCGGCGCGGAGUUCGAGGGUGCCAUUAUCGCCUUCUUCCACCUCCUGGUCUCGCGCUCCGACAAGGUGCGUGCGCUGAAGGAGGCGUUCUAUCGCCCUCAGCUGCCGAAUCUCACGAACAUCUUCGCCACACUUGUGGUGUUCGCUGUUGUGGUGUUCUUCCAGGGAUUCCGUGUGCCGCUCAUGACCAAGUCGCGCCACGCGGGUGCAGACCGCCAGCCGUACAUGAUCAAGCUCUUUUACACCAGCAACAUGCCGAUCAUUCUGCAGGCCAGCGUUGUGUCCAACAUCAACUUCUUUUCCCAGAUCCUUUCGCGCCGCUUUGGGCAGCACAACUUCUUGAUCAACCUCCUCGGCCGCUGGGAGGAGCGCGCGUACAGUCAGAGCGGGCAGAUGUACCCUGUGGGCGGCCUCUCGUACUACCUCACGCCCCCUGUCACCUUCUACGACAUGCUGAACGACCCGAUCCAUGCCAUCUUCUACGUUGUGUUCAUUCUCUUUUCUUGCGCCAUCUUCUCGAAGCUGUGGGUGACGAUCAGCCACACCGGCCCGCGCGACGUGGCCAAGCGGCUCGUUGCAGAGGGCCGCUGGCUGGCGCAGGCGCGCGAGAGCGAAGAGGAUAUGGCGCGUCUCCUUGAAAAGUACAUCCCGGUUGCGGNGAGGGCCGCUGGCUGGCGCAGGCGCGCGAGAGCGAAGAGGAUAUGGCGCGUCUCCUUGAAAAGUACAUCCCGGUUGCGGCAAGCUUCGGCGGGCUUUGCGUUGGCGCGCUCACGAUCUUUGCCGACUUCCUUGGAGCCAUCGGCAGCGGCACUGGUAUCCUGCUGGCGGUGA